AUGAAGUACGUGUUGGUCACUGGAGGGGUGGUAAGUGGUCUCGGUAAGGGCGUCACUGCCAGUAGCAUCGGUGUUGUUCUCAAGGCGUGUGGCCUUCGCGUAACCUCCAUCAAAAUUGAUCCAUACUUGAACACAGAUGCUGGUACAAUGUCUCCCUUUGAACAUGGGGAGGUUUUUGUUCUUGACGAUGGUGGAGAGGUCGACCUGGAUUUGGGUAACUAUGAACGCUUCUUAGACGUGAGGCUUACUAGAGAUAACAACAUAACCACUGGAAAGAUCUAUCAGUCUGUUCUUGAGAAGGAACGAAAAGGAGAUUAUCUUGGAAAGACUGUUCAGGCAAUCCCACACAUAACGGAUGCUAUCAAGGAUUGGAUUGAGUCGGUUUCUGCUAUUCCCGUGGAUGGAAAAGUGGGCCCGGCAGAUGUCUGUGUGAUAGAAUUAGGAGGGACAGUUGGUGACAUCGAGUCUAUGCCCUUCAUAGAGGCAUUGAGGCAACUAUUUUUCUCUACAGGGCCAGAUAAUUUCUGCCUCAUUCAUGUUAGCCUUGUACCAGUUCUUGGUGUUGUUGGGGAACAGAAAACUAAGCCUACACAGCACAGUGUUCGGGAACUGCGAGCUUUAGGCCUGACCCCUCACUUUUUAGCAUGCCGUUCAGCUCAGCCAUUAUUGGAAAACACAAAGCAGAAACUCUCACAGUUUUGUCAUGUACCUGCUGCCAACAUUCUUAAUAUACAUGAUGUUCCAAACAUUUGGCAUGUUCCUCUUUUACUUCGGAACCAAAAUGCUCAUGAGGCAAUCCUGAAACAGCUAGCACUACUCUGUGUAGCAAGACCUCCAAAUUUACAAGAGUGGACUAACAGGGCAGAAACUUUUGACAACCUCACCAAUUCUGUGAAGAUUGCAAUGGUUGGGAAAUAUGUUGGCCUAACAGACUCCUAUCUGUCUGUUGUUAAGGCCCUUCUCCAUGCAUGCAUUGCAUAUGAAAGUGCCAGACUGAUGCCAGAAGCACAUGCAAAGGCCUGGGAGACAUUGAGGAGUGCAGCAUGUGUUUUGGUUCCUGGUGGAUUUGGAGAUCGUGGUGUGAAGGGAAUGAUACUGGCUGCCAAGUAUGCGCGUGAGAAUAAAGUUCCAUAUCUUGGCAUCUGCUUAGGCAUGCAGAUAUCUGUUAUCGAGAUCUCCAGAUCUAUCUUGGGCUGGAAAGAGGCAAAUAGUACUGAAUUUGAUGAGCAUGCAACCAAUCCUGUUGUAAUUUUCAUGCCAGAGGGUUCAAGAACACAUAUGGGAAACACGAUGAGACUUGGCUCUCGAAGAACCUUACUGCAGAGCUCAGAUUGUAUCACUGCAAAACUGUAUCAGAAUCCAGAGUAUGUGGACGAGCGACAUCGGCAUCGUUACGAGGUCAAUCCUGAGGUGGUUGGGGAUUUGGAAAAAACAGGCUUAAGAUUUGUUGGGAAGGAUGAAAGCGGACAGCGAAUGGAGAUUUUGGAACUUCCAACCCAUCCAUUCUAUGUCGGGGUACAAUUUCAUCCCGAAUAUAAAUCCCGGCCUGGGAAGCCUUCAGCCCUGUUUUUAGGUCUUGUAUUAGCAGCAACAGGCCAAUUGGAAGCAUAUGUCAAGACACAUCAGAAUGGAUCUAUAUAAGUAUUUAUUACAGGGAAUCUUUUAACUUUUGCUGACGUUGGAGAAGAUACAUGGCCUGGUGCAGCAAAUAUUUUGAAUUGGCAUCAACGUGUUUGUUGGUUAUUGCACAAACUUGCCUUGGUUUGCAGGCCUUUUAGUUUGUUUCAAAUCUAGGAGCCGGAGAUAAGUUGUUUGCUUGGCCUCCUACUUUGUAGGGACAAGUUUGUUUCAUAUAUUUGCAAUAUGGUUACUACAAGUGAUCUAUGGUGCUUCGUGUUUUUGAUGUAAUGGGUUCAAUGAUUUAUUUGUUGAAUCAUAUCAUACUAUUGGUUUGUUUAGGACUUAAUGGUUAGGUUGCUUUAUCUCAACCCUAAUUUGUUAGAUGCACCAUUUUUACAUAACAAACACUUUUGAACUUCCUUUAUUAGUUUUGAUUAAUAGAGUAGAAUGAGG